AUUGGACCCGAGUUUCCAAAACCAGUCCCUAGACAUGUGUGCAAGAGUUACAUGCAAAGUUAAAAAGGGGGAUCAGAGGAAAAAACUAGCCGUUACGCCUUAUUGGAAGAGCUGAAUCUAUCUAUCUAUCUAUCUAUGUGGCAACAUUUGGGCCCUGACAACUUCCUUAUGUAUUCCCCAGAAAACCCCGUUUUCAUUCAGAUUCCUCGUUUGAUUUAACAUUAUCUCAUUCUCUCUCUCUCCACUUCACGUGCCUCAUCACACGAACCCCACUGACCAGCUCAGCUCCCCCUACCCCUACCCCCCUAUGUUGCCACUACAAAAACUAGUUUCACACUGUUAGCCUUUCUUGUUUUUCACUUCUCAAUAGAGGGAGCUUGGGGGGUCUGUUGAUAGGACCAAUUAAGUGUCUUUUCUUUCAUUUCAUAUAUAUAUAUAUAUAUUCUCAUCUCUCGUUUACUACCUGUUAUAUCGCUUGGAUUUUCCAUAUUGUGGUUAUGGAGGUGAAGAGUGGUGUGUUUGGAUGUUACUACACGUGCCCGUUUCAAGAAAAUCAGGUUUCCGAGGUGUAUUCUGGUAGAAAAAGGGCAAAAUGGAAGAUUCAAAAUGAGCCCUUUUGGUUUUCAGGCGGGUUUGCCUUCUGGGCUCAGGUUUUCUUGAUUUUCCAGGUGUUGUUUUGUGUGAUUGGGGUAGUUUCUGGUGGUUCUUGGGAUGGAGUGAUUGUUACAGAAGCAGACUUUCAGGCACUCCAAGCCUUCAAACAUGAGUUGGUUGAUCCAAAGGGGUUCUUGAGAAGCUGGAAUGAUAGUGGUUAUGGAGCUUGUUCUGGUGGUUGGGUUGGAAUUAAAUGCGCACAAGGCCAAGUUAUAGUUAUCCAGCUUCCAUGGAGAGGAUUAGGUGGGAGAAUCACUGAGAAAAUAGGCCAAUUUCAAGCUCUCAGAAAACUCAGCCUCCAUGACAAUUUCAUUGCUGGUUCCAUUCCAACAUCUUUGGGAUUCUUGCCUAAUCUUAGAGGUGUUCAGUUGUUCAAUAACAGGUUGUCUGGUUCAAUUCCUGCUUCACUUGGUUUGUGUCCCCUUCUUCAAACACUUGACCUUGCUAAUAACUCUUUGUCUGGGCCAAUACCACCUACUCUUGUUAACUCAACCAAGCUUUUUAGACUCAAUAUCAGCUACAAUCAGCUGUCGGGUUCAAUCCCAUAUAGUUUUACUCAGUCUUCGUCACUUAUGUUUCUUGCUCUUGAAAACAACAAUCUUUCUGGCCCUAUUCCAGAUUCUUGGGGAGGUAAUGGGAGAAAUGUGGCUCAGCUUCAGUUAUUAACACUUGGGCUUAGAACACUUGAUUUAUCAGGCAAUUCCUUCAAUGGGAGCUUGCCUGAUGGUCUGUCUAAUCUACAGAAACUCUCAGUUCUUAACUUGAGAAAUAAUCGACUUGAUGGUCGAAUUCCAGCUUCAAUUGGCAAUGUUUCUUCACUCAGUGAGCUUGAUUUGUCCUACAACAAUUUCACUGGAGAAAUUCCUAAUUCUCUUGGUGACUUGCCAAAUCUUGUUGCUUUCAAUGUCUCAUAUAACAACCUGUCUGGCCCUGUUCCCACCGAACUUUCCCAAAAGUUCAACUCAAGUGCCUUUGCGGGCAAUCUUCAGCUCUGUGGUUAUAGCCCUUCCACCCCUUGUCCCAUUUCCCCCUCGCAAGCUCCCCCACCAGCUCCAUCAGCCAUGAAGCGAGGUCGAAAACUGAGUACUAAAGACAUCAUUCUAAUUGCAGCAGGAGCUCUUCUCAUAAUCUUGCUGAUCAUUUGCUGCAUUCUUAUCUGCUGUCUGAUAAGGAAACGAAAAGCGGCAAAAGAAGCCAAGGCUGGCCUGGCAGCCGGCAAGGCUGCUGCAGGGGGUGUGGUGUUCCGCCGACCCAGUGAAGUUGAGGCAAGUGGAGAGACAGGAGGGAAACUUGUGCACUUUGAUGGGCCCUUGGUUUUUAGUGCUGAUGAUCUUUUGUGUGCCACCGCAGAGAUCAUGGGCAAAAGCACAUAUGGAACAGUGUACAAGGCUACAAUGGAAGAUGGAAUUCAGGUUGCUGUCAAGAGAUUGAGAGAAAAGAUAACAAAAGGGCAAAGAGAGUUUGAGAUUGAGGUCAAUGCACUUGGAAAGAUUAGACAUCCCAAUCUUCUUGCCCUUAGAGCUUAUUAUUUAGGUCCAAAGGGAGAAAAGCUGCUCGUUUUCGACUAUAUGCCUAAAGGGAGUCUUGCUACUUUCUUACAUGCUCGAGCCCCUGAUACACCGAUUGAUUGGCCGACCAGGAUGAAAAUUGCGAAAGGGAUGACAAGAGGGCUCCUUUACCUUCACAACAAUGUCAAUAUCAUUCAUGGAAAUCUUACAUCAAGCAAUGUCCUUCUUGAUGAACAUACAAAUGCGAAAAUAGCAGAUUACGGCCUGUCUCGGCUAAUGACAGCAGCAGCAAAUGCAAAUGUGAUAGCUACUGCUGGAGCAUUAGGAUACAGGGCGCCUGAGCUUUCCAAGCUCAAGAAAGCCACCACCAAGACCGACAUUUACAGCCUCGGUGUGAUCAUAUUAGAACUCCUAACUGGGAAGUCUCCGGGAGAGGCAUUGAAUGGGGUGGACUUGCCUCAGUGGGUCGCCUCAAUCGUGAAAGAGGAGUGGACGAACGAGGUUUUCGACGUGGAGCUUAUGAGGGAUGCAACAGUUAUAGGUGAUGAGUUGUUGAACACACUAAAACUGGCUCUGCAUUGUGUCGAUCCAUCACCAUCGGCUCGACCGGAAGCUCAUCAGAUACUGCAGCAACUGGAAGAGAUCAGACCAGAAACCGCUACCAGCUCUGGCGACGACGGCGGAGCAAUCCCAUCCUCUAGUGACUAAGAAGCCUCUGCCCACAGGUUAAAUUUAAGUAUUAGCUGGUGGAGAUGAUGGUUGGGGGACCAUUACUAUUAGUGUGCCACUAUUCUAUUCUUUCAUUCUUGAAAUUUUUAUGCCAUGCAGUUAGUUCUUUUCUCCUGUAGUGUGUAUAUUUGGUUGGAAUGGCAAUUUUGCAAGGAAAGGGACUUGAAUGGAUGUGAAUCCUUCUUAAUUCCAUCCCUCUUUGGUAGUUGAAAAUGAAGUGAGACUAAAAAAUGAAAUUACUUGUU